AUGGAGAAGGUGAGGACGAAGUCGAAAGGAGUGAUAAAGAGGAUGAGGGAGUUGACUCAGAGACUGCGGGAGAAGAUGAGAAGUGACGAAGGAGAAGAACAGAGCGAGCCAGAUCUCGUUGGCGAAGAAGAAGUAGAUUCAGACGCAUCCUUGGGAGAGACCAAUUCGGGCGACUCCACCGAGGCAAUGGAUGCCGAUGAUGAUGAACCGAUGGCACUACAACCUAUAAGAAUGUACCUCCCAGCGGCGGAGUAUAAGAAGAAGAUUAAGUUAGGUACGAGGUGUUAUAUAAAGGAAGUAUUGACAACAUUUGAUAAAUUGAAGCAUCCGCUCACUACGUUUGAGAGAAAUUGGUUUGAGAACCAUUCACAGUUCAAACACAUUUGGCACUUGCCAAGGGACAAAAAUCACAAGGUUAUGGGCAUGUGGAUGCUCCUUCUCCGAACGGCAUGCAUUGAAAAGAAAAGGGAAGUUUGGUUUGUUGUUAAUGGUGUUCCCAUCCGUUAUGGUAUCAAGGAACAUGCCUUGUUAUCAGGAUUCAAUUGCCGCAACUAUCCAAUUGAUUAUAACAAAGUUGGAAGUAAGACCUUCGUGAACAAUCAUUUUUCGUCUAAGAAGGUUACUCGUGAAGAAGUGAGAGAAAAGCUCAAGGAGAUGGUACCUAUGGAACGCUCUCGAGAUCGGUUGAAGAUGGCUGUCCUAUACUUCUUAUCUAGCAUUGUUAGAGCACCGGUAAAGACAGGAGAACAAGCAACAGAAAUUGAUGAGUUUUUGCAAAAAGCAGUUAAUGAUCUUAAUUUUUGUAAGACGUUUCCUUGGGGGAGAUAUUCGUUUGAUUACAUGCUGGAAUCGAUAGCUCACACGAUGGAUCAUUUUCAUGGGACCGUCACAAAAGGUGUAUUAUGGCCGGUUGCAGGUUUAUGUAUUCUUUUGGAGCUUUUAGCAUUUGAGGCGAUUCAACAUUUGAGGAAUCAAUUCGUAGAAGAUAAUCCAGGAGCACACGUUACAUGUCCUAGGAUGUGCAGGAGAAAGUUCAAGAAAUGUGAACUCAGAGGGUUUUCUCUUGAGAGAAUAAAUGAUGAACUUGGUACAAUUAAGGACAUAGAUAGUUUCCUAAUACCUGAGGAUGAUAAUGAGAAGUCUCUUCUAGCUGGAAUCACUGAAGAAGAUGACGUCGAUGAUGCACAUGAUGUUGUUGUCAACAGUUGGAUGCAACGUUAUCUACGAGGAUAUCAUGUCUGGUUUGAAAACAUGUUCAAUGAAGAUGUUCAGUCCCGAGCAGGAGUAGGAGGAGUAGGAGGGGAGCCUGAGAACGUGAACGAGGAAAUAGCCUUGAUUGAAGGACCGGUAUACCCUAGUGUAUCUGAUUUGGUGGAUCUCCUAAACACCUUUAAAAAUGAGAUGGGAGAGAAGAUGAAAGGAAUUGUGGAUAGGCUUAAUGGGUGGGAAGAAAAAGUCGCAACAUUGGGAGAAAGAGUUGCAUCAUUGGAAGAGAAAUCCAAGACGCGUGAAGAUACGACUGGUCCUGCAGACACUGGAGACCAUUCAGACCUUGCACCAAAAGAUACGGCUGGUCUUGCAAACCCACCACCGAAGCGAAUGACAAGGUCAUCAAGAAAUCAAGGGUGA